AUGAGAGUGAAGAACUCUCGUCUAAUGCGCUCCUUGUUAAAUCUUUUAUGUCAAGGCGUUGGCAUUUCUGCUUUUAUGCAAAUUCAAUAUUUCUUCGUUUCUUCUUUUUGUCCGCUGUUCUUUUCCUUCCGUCUCUUGCUUCUUCAUCGCUUAUGUCAUCCGUUUCUUUCUUUGAUGUACUUUUUUAUUGGGUUUCAUUUGUCGUCAUUUCUUUUGCAUUUGUUUGGUCUUUCUUUCGUUUUAUUGGAUCUGUUUUUUCUUCUUCUGGGUCUUUAUUUCAUUUCUUUUCGAUACAUUGUUUCUUUUCAAAUUCUUUUUCUGAUUUAUUGGAUCUUUCCGACAUUCUUUUUCUUUCCUUCUUUCUUUCUUUCUUUUUAUUUCUUUUUCUUUCUUUCUUUUUUCUUUCUUUUUUUCUUUCUUUUUAUUUCUUUCUUUCUUACUUUUUCUUUCUUUUUCUUUUUUCUUUUUCUUUCUUUCUUUUUUCCUUACUUUUUCUUUCUUACUUUUUUCUUUCUUUCUCAUUUUCGAUAUAAUUUUUCUUUUCCUUCUUUCUUUCUUUCUUUCUUUCUUUUUCUCUUUUCUUUUCCUUUCUUUCUUACUUUUUCUUUAUUUCUUUUCUCUUUUUCUUUCUUUCUUUCUUUCUUUUUUAUUUCUUUUUCCUUCUUUCUUUUUACUUUAUUUCUUUUUCUUUCUUCUUUCUUUUUUCUUACUUUUUCUUUAUUUCUUUUUUCUUUCUUUCUCAUUUUCGAGAUAAUUUUUCUUUUCUUUUCUUCUUUCUUUCUUUCUUUCUUUCUUUCUUACUUUUUCUUUCUUUCUUUUUUCUUUCUUUUUUCUUUCUUUCUUACUUUUUCUUUUUUUUUAUACUUUUUCUUUCUGUCUGUCUUUUUUCUUUCUUUUUCUUUCUUUCUUUCUUCUUUCUUUCUUUUUUCUUACUUUUUAUUUAUUUCUUUUUUCUUUCUUUCUUAUUUUCAAUAUAAUUUUUCUUUUCCUUCCUUCUUUCUUUCUUUCUUUCUUUCUUUCUUUCUUUCUUUCUUUCUUCACCUUUCCGUUAUCUUCCACACUUACUGUUUUGUGCUAAACACUAAAAUACGUGUGCGAGUAUCUAUCUAUCUAUCUAUCUAUCUAUCUAUCUAUCUAUCUAUCUAUCUAUUUUGUUCAUUAUCUAUCUAUCUAUCUAUCUAUCUAUCUAUCUAUCUAUCUAUCUAUCUAUCUAUCUAUGCUAGCUUGUUCAUUAUCUAUCUAUCUAUCUAUCUAUCUAUCUAUCUAUCUAUCUAUCUAUCUAUCUAUGCUAGUUUGUUCAUUAUCUACCUAUGUAUCUACCCUAUCUAUCUAUCUAUCUAUCUAUCUAUGCUAGUUUGUUCAUUAUCUAUCUAUCUAGCUAGCUAG